UACAAGGCGAAGGUGCGGCAGCUCUCGUUCAACCUGAAGGACCCCAAGAACCCGGAUCUCAGAAGGUCCGUGGCGGACGGGCUGAUCUCCCCAAAGGUACUACUGGACCUGAAGCCCGAGGAGCUCGGAAGCGACGAGAGAAGGAACGAGAACGCCGCCAUACGCGAGGCUGCCACUGCAGAGGCUGUGCGAGGGCAGAAGCAGCAGGCAUCCACUGACGCGUUCAAGUGCGGCAAGUGCGGCCAGCGGAAGUGCACCUACUACCAGCUGCAGACGAGGUCCGCGGAUGAGCCCAUGACCACGUUCGUGACGUGCGUCAACUGCGACAAUAGGUGGAAGUUC